UCGUUUAGAACACACGCAUACAUACACACUCACACUCACUCAUGACCCUGCGCGCCCACGAACUCAGACAUACACAGUCAGCGAAACACUCGCCUCAGCUCUCAGAACUCAUCCACGUGCUGGUGUGUUGAGAAACACUCUGUCACACAUUCCGUCCGUCACUGGCUCCUUGGCUCUGACCGGAGAGAAUGCUUCUGCUGUAUCGCAUAUGACUCCAUGCCUGCUCUAACUGAAGAGUGCUACAGAACACAGAGCAGAGCGGAAGCAGCAGCUGUGACUGAGGAACAGAGGAGGAGAAAUGCUAACCCCCCUCUGAGAGAACAAAAAGCAGCCUGACGUUGUGGCAGCAGCAGAAACAGCCUUUGUCUUGUCCUGCUUGGUUCACAUGCUCCCCCCGUAGAAGAAAUCAGAAGAGAGGAGACCAGAGGAGAGGAGCCGCACUGACACACUGGCCUACUCUACCAGAGAGAGAAAGGGUUGGCUGUUUGAUGUGUGUUAUCCUGUUGCUCUUCCCUGUGUGGAUUCAGUACUUGGACAGCUCCAGAGCACUAGGUCCGCUCAGCAACACAGUGUGUAUUUUUGCUGGUCGUGUCUUACAGUCUAUGUGAAGUCUCACUCGUCGAGACUCCAUCUCCAGGGAAGCCCUGGACCCCCAUUCCCAGCCCUUCAUGGCUCUCUCCCUGGCUCCCUGCAGCCCCCUCUCCCUGGGGACAGCAGACAGCAUGGCCAGCCUGGAGCACCAGGGGGAGAAGCAGCUCUUUGAGAAGUUCUGGAAGGGGACGUUUAAAGCUGUGGCCACACCGAGACCAGAGAGCAUCAUCGUGGCAAGCAUCACCGCCAGUAGGAAGGUUAUCAGCACGGAGACAACAACCUGCCAGCCACUCAAAGCCGAUGAGAGAAAAGGGGAGGUCGCGGACACCAAGGUGGACACAACCACAGACAGAAAUGGAUGCAUUAGAGACAUAGGACGACACAAACAUAGCAGCUAUCAUCGGACGCGGUGUGUGUCAUUUGAUGACGAUCUCUCCCCCUGGCCCCACGCUCCCAAAGGGAAGAAAAAGAAAAGGAAAUCGGAGAGAAAGAGGAAGAGGAAAAGGUCUCCGUCCUACAGCCUGUCACCAGUGAGGAAGAAGAAGAAGAAGAAGAAGAAGAAGAGCUCUAAGAAAAGCAAACGCCACAGGUAUACCUCUAAAAAGACAAAGCACAGCUCUUCAAGCUUGAAACAUAAGAGGAAGGGUGAUCGAAAGCACAAAAAAAGCUCGCGGAGUCACACGAAGCGGAGACGACGCUACCGGAGGUCAGAGUCAGAGAGUUCCACCUGGCGCUCCUCCAGCGCCGAGAGCAGCCAUCAUCUGCACAAAUCAGUGAAUCACCCUGUGUUGGGAGGCCUAGCAGCCCAGAGGGAGGACCCUAGUACAGCGCCCCUGGACCACAGAGCGUUUGAGUGGGGGUCCGCCGCCAAGUCAGUCUGUAAAACGACUCCAAUCUUUCGCUCCGUCCUUUCUACUGGCACCGUCUUGCAGUCAAAACCUGGCAGUGAGGUUUUAAACACGACAGUAGUUCACCAUCACACUCUGACCAAUCAGAGCAAAGGACCACAGGAUUACGAUUCCGGGAAUGACACGUCUUCACCACCGUCGACCAAAACCAGCAUUUCACGGACAAACGUCAUCGGUGACAAAAAGGUCUUGUGUCAAGCGCCGGCUUCCCCAGAGAAGCUGAAGUUUACAGAUGGCGAUAACGCAUCUGACUCUGGGAACUCUGUGACCAGCUAUGCUUCCCUGUGUAAACCUCUGCAUGUGGAAGGUGGUUUGUCUACUCCCAUUUUCAAUGGGAACGGCAAGAGUGAGCCGGUAACAAACUCAGUAUGUGGGGCCAAGGUGGGGAGACCUCAGAAGACAGUCUCUUCUCUCUCUCCUUUGAGGAUGGUGGCCUCUUCACGUAAGCGGACUAGAACCAACUCGUCGAGCAGCAGAAGUAGAUCCUCAGGGAGCUCAAGACACUCCGGACGCUACUCUCGAAGCCGAUCACUGUCUUCUGCCAGGUCGUACUCCCGUUCACCAAGCUACUUGGCUGGUUUGAGAAGGAAAGGUAGUGAGGGCAGUGGAAGGUCCAGAGGAAGCUACUCCAGAUACAGUAAAGAGAGGAUUCGAGAGAAGAAGAGGGACCCCAGCUCCUGUGAGAAGGAUGUGAAGCACAGCAGUCAGAAGCGAAGCGGGAAGAGGCAUAGACGCAGGUCCUACUCUCCAAUGAGGAAAAGGAGGAGAGAUUCACCCAGUCACCUGGAAGCCAGGAGGAUAACUAGUGCCAGGAAGAGGCCCAUCCCCUACUUCCGGCCCAGUCCUUCAUCCAGCAGUCGCUCUACCAGUGUAUCCUCUUGGAGCAGCCUCUUCACACGGAGUCGCAGCCCUAGGUCCAGUCCUGGCCUCUGCCUCAGUAGUUCAAGGAGUAGGAGUAGGAGCAGGAGCCGAGGAAGAAGUAGGAGUAGGAGCUACUUCUCCUACCGGAGCUACAGUCGCAGCUCCUCUUGGAACUCCAUCUUUGGUCGCCGGAACCGCAGUCAGAGCCGGAGUCGCAGCUAUGACUCGUUGGACGGUUACAGCAAGGGCAAGAACCGGCACUGAGGUUUUUUUUAACAGACUGAGGAGGUUACAGAGGAGACUGCAUUAUCAUUUCUCAAUCUCCCAGCGGAAGUGUGAGGUAAUGUUUUCAUCUCUUUGCGUCUUUUUUGUGUUAGAUGCCUGAGCCAGACCCUUCAAGUAAGUGUAUUUUUUUUUGUGUCGUUAUUUGUUCAACGAUGUCUUGAAUAGAGGCAGUUGUCUCGUCCAUGAUGUAUUGAAGACAGAAACCACUGGAAAUAGAUUGUUUUUUUGUUGUUGAGUCAGCUGUGUCCUCGUCAUGCAUUAUUAGCAUUCAAAAUGGCCAGAGACUGUUUUUCCUUGUGACACUCUUCCUCUGACGUCUGUGUCUGAAACGAAGGAUGGAGGAGCAUUGUUCAAUUUAACCCUCUGAUAAACUCUUAUUUUAUAACAACUCUUAAGUUUCUGACCAUUUCAGAUCUGGGAUGUGAACUACAAAGUUGCUUUGGGGACAGAGGGAGGGUGAGAGGGAGGGUUUUUCAGGAACAUAGGAAAAGGUGUCCAUCUCUGAUCUCAGCUCUUAACAAUGUGGAGCAAAAACAUGCCUCUGAGAAAUGAUGAGAAGGGGGAGGAAGAGGAGGAGGCGGAAGUCCCGAUGCCAAACAAACUGCCUAUCAGCUCAGAUGUAUUUAUCCUCUAAUCAAGUGGAAAACAAUUUAAAUUGAAUUCCUUAUAAGAUGAAUGAUCAAACCACUGCACAGAAGGGCUGAAAAAGUGGGUUUUCAUAAAAAUGUCUGUCUUCAUAACAGCUCCUCUAGUGAAGCUCAACUAUGUGAGUUUACAAAAGAGAUUUUUUUACACUGUUUUAGUAGCUGCUAAGUUGUCAUAUUUAUUUAUCUAGGUAGUUAUUUAUUAAUUCAUAUAUUUAUUUAUUUAUUCUGAUGAUCUGUGUUCUAUUUAUUUUAUUAUUUUGAAUGAAACUUGAAUAAGAGUUUGUUUGACAGAGAGGAGAUUCACUACUGGAUAAAUCUGUUAUUUUGUUAUUCAGAUUUUUUUGUGUAACGGUCCCAAAUAGCACUGUUCAAUAAUGUGUUUGGUAUUUCAGAAGCAGAAUCAAACACAUACUUCACCUGUCUUGUUUGCAUAUUUCACCCACCAAAGGUCAAGUUUUGAAACACACAUUUUUGUGUCAUGCAUAUUUAUAACGUGUUUACAGUAAUGUUCAUGCUUUUGUGUUGCCUCUCAGCAAUGGUCUAUGUUUCUAUGCAAUGCCAUUAUAUUGCUGGGUUUAUACAAUUAUGAGUAUGUUGCGAUUAAAUAAAUAAAAAAGUUCCCAUUCAAACUCUACAGUGGACAGUCUGACUCUAGCCCAUGUGCCAGUCUGUUUGUGCUAUCAUGCCAACUCACUGUCAUCCAUUGACAGUAACAGAGUUGGCAAGCGAACAAGCAGAUCUGCAACAAGGCUAGUCUGACUUUGCACAAUAGACAAUGUAAUAGCAUAUCGAUACAAACAAUGUUACUUUGCUUCACUCCAUCUCAACUAUUCAUUCCUCUGUUCUCUUUUGGGGAGAAUGCUAUUUCUUCAGAGGCUAUGCUAUAAAUAGCCACAUCAACAGAGAUGACAGAAAAAGCAAAUAGGAAAGUACUAAAAGCCUGUGUGGCAGACUUUUAGCCUCAAUGGAUACUCCUAUAUACUCUUUCAAGGAGAUCUAUGUGAGUAGAUUAAGCAACAACAAAAAAAAUGAAAACAUUAGCAUUUAGAAUAACUGUCUUUGCCCUUAUGUUUAAUUUCUCCAUUAGGUCCAAUCUAUCACCCUGUCUAUCUACGUUCAGAAUCUGCUCCAGGCAUGAGGGUCUGCUCUCUAUGCAUUGUACAUAUAACAGUCUGAAGUUAUUUAUCUGAAUGUUCAGUAACUUGUCCAAAGGUUUGGAGAGCCUGGAAGGAAGAUGAUGACACAAGAGUUUGACAACACAUUUUACACAUGCUACUGAUGACAUGCUUUUGCGGUAGUGCUGAAUGAUUAACCGAAAUGUAGGUUUAUUUUCAUUUUUUAAAUAACUAAUUGAUCAAUGUCAGUUCAAUUAUUUUAAUUCCUUUUAUUUCCAUUUUUUUCUGUGCGCUCAAAUCGUGCUUUGUGCUGUUUCUCUAGAGAUUUCUCUCUGGGAGAUGUUGUCCAACUAUUGAAAAUGAUAGAGGCCUCUAGUGGCCAAAAGGAGUGCCAAAAGGCUGUAUUAGCAUGGGCAGCACCAUUGAGGGCUUCC